UAUAACAUACCCAAUGGAAUCUUUAAACCCAGAACAGCAAUCAAAUGAUUUGGAUGUCGCCAAAAAAAUGGAAGACGAACGUCUUAGAUUACAGAGACAGGUUCGUAUGAUACAAACGGAUAGGCUACAUCGCACUAUGGGCGUUCAUCCAAAGUUCCGCAGACAGGACAAUUUAUUGAGGACACUGAAGAAGGAAUUUCUGAAUCUUUAUAAGGAUUUGAAGAUUGCUAGAUCUGGGGCCCAUAAAAAGAAUGAUAGGAAGAUGAAAAUCGAUCUCGAACGAGCCCUUUUUUUGCGGACACAGACCAAGCAAGAGUGUAUAGAGGGUCUAACACUUAUGGAUCAAAUAGAUGGAUUGUUGCACCGUAAAAAUAAGCAAAUGACUAAACUGAAGGGCGUUGUCAACUCUAACAAUGGUCAGAUUGAGGAGCGCCGUUACUUGAGCGAGAACAGACUGACUUCCGCAGAAAACAAAUUAGAAGCUGCAAUGUGGAGAUUCAAUGUUGUUCAAUGUGAGAAUAAGAAAAUACGGGAUGAAAUUGAACACAUGCUCAAAGAUAGAGCAAUUUUCAAUCAAUCGUGGACGAAAAUGCUGAACUCAUUAAACAAGGGCAAGAAGUUUCUCACGGAUCUUUUCGAAUCAUCGACCCUAGCUUAUGACCAGCGUGAUGAAUGGUGCACCAAACUGAAGUCCGUUCAGGAUAAGGGAAAAAUUGAUCAAAUGGUCCAGAUUCAAGAAAUGAGAGACCUACAAAAAGUAUUUGACCAUGAGAUGAAACUAUACAACUUUCUAGCGAAAAAAGGCGUGAUAAGAAUAAAUAAGAAGGUACAAGACAGAGAAGAGGCACAAAAGAAGAAACAUGAAGAAGAUAUACGUAAAGAAAUCGAGUAUCAUCGAAAAAUAUUGAAUGAUAUCCACGACUACACAGAAGAAAGUAAUGCGGAUAAAAUAAUAGAAACGUUUCAACGAGUGGACAAAGAAAAUUUUUCCAUCUACAAACUUCUGAAUGAUUUUUGCGCUGAAAAUGAAGUACUAAGAAGGAACCUAAGACUGAUUCAACAAAAUAUUGUGGACAGAAAAGAUUGGAAUGAGAUGAUGGAAGAAAAAAGACAAAAGAAAUUGAAAGAACUGAAACAGAAAUUAGAAGAACAAAAGCAUAUAACAGAAGACAAAAGAAUACAGUUGAAGUUGAAGGUGGAACUUAUAUAUGACAUUAUGGAAAAAGUCAAUGAAAUAUUCAAGACGUUGGACUGUUCAAUGGAACCAUAUAAGAAUCUACUCGGAGAAAAGACGCCAUCGCUUCAUCACCUCGGGUUAACCUUCAGACUAAUAACCGACAAAAUUAAGGAGAUGGUGCAAAUAACAUACUAUUACGAACGCUUCGUUCAGAAAAAAGGCGAUAAAACAAGCUCACGUCUUAAGAAGUACACUGUUCACCCUCAACCUUUAGAUUACUGGACCGCCCCUUCCAUUGGCCUUCUAGUUCCUGCUGACCCUUGUCCAUCUUGUGUGGAAGCACGCUGGCUCUCUCGAGUGAGCGACACACCAGAGGUGCCUUUUGAUAAACAGCAAGUAAUCUCGGCUAUAAGGGAUCUAUCUCAGGACCCAGCCUUCGAGAGGAGUGAUCGAAUACACCCCCUCAAUGAAUGCAGAGUUCCAAGAAGUAGAAUUAUACUCGCAAGGCGAUAUAUGCAAUAUUAA